UCGCCCGAAAAAGGCUUCCCCACUGACUCCUGAAUUCAAAAUUUUCUAUCCUCACUUUACUUUUCUGCUCUCCCCUGAAAUUUCCCCUACUUCCAGGAACCUCGUUGUCGAUUUGUUGUUCAAUUAACAGGAAUGGCAGAUUUCGCCGGAAAGUUCAAUAUCGAGGAGCUUUUAUCUUAUGGCGAUGAUCUGGUAGCGCUCUUGAACGACCAAAAUGACGUUCAAACCUUGAAUCAAUGUCUUGAACAUUUCAAGACGCUUCAAUCUUCUUGCUUCGAUGAUUUCAGUAAUGUUCAAAGCUCAGUUCAAGAUUAUGAGAAGAAAAUCGAGGCAUGCCGGCAGAAAACAGAGGAGGCGAGAACGAGCACUGUUUCAGAUGAUGAAAUCGAUAUUCUCGAAAAGGAGCUCGGAGAGGAACUUGGCAAAGGGAAUUUGCUCAUGGAGGAAAUUAGAAUUAUCACCAGUGAGAUUAAUGAUCUAGACCGCCAAAGGAUUUCUGUUCAAGAAAGGAAGCAGGCAAUGAAGAAACUUGAGCAACAAGAACUUAGGACGCAGAGGAAGCUUUCAAUGUAUGCUUCGGUCACUGAUAUAAUACCAAACAUGGAUGAUCAGUCUAAAAUUUCUGGCCAUAUUGUGGACAGAAAUAAACGGGUUGUGCAAGAGUUUGAAUUCGACCCGACUAAUAUAUCUUCUUUUGAUAUAUGCAAUGGCAUUUGGAAUAUGAUUAAUUCCCCAUAGUACCAUACAUCCAUUACAUUGUGAAUUAGCAGCUUAUUAUAUCUUGUCCCAUCUUCUUUCUGCACCUCAUGGUAUUAAAAUCGAAUGUUUAUUUUGUUGUAUAUGUGUGUUUAAGGGACUAAUCUCUAAAGUACUGUCGUUUGUGAUAACUUAUUGUAAAUCACAUCUCCUUAGUCCUUGAUGAUUAUUGAAGAAAUGAAUGCCCGUCUAUGUUAGGCGCCAAGUCUUGCAAAUUGUAAAUGCAUUAUCAUGGAUAUUUGAUUCUCAAGGAAGCAACUGACUCUGUCUCCACUCCCUUCAUCUGUAUGGCAGUUUAAAUUCUAA